AUGCCAGCCACCGAUUAUCAUAUUAGUUUGUAUCUAAUUUAUUUGAUGCAAAAUGAGUGUUCGUCGUCUAAAAUAGAAGAAGUAAUAUAUUCUAUUGCUUGGGCACAUAAUAUAGCUGGAUACAACAAUCCAUGUGCAUCUGAGAUAGUCAAAAAUGUAGCCGAAGGUGCAAAGAGGCAGCUUUCUCGUCCUUGUUCUAAAAAGGAACCCAUUACACCAGAAAUACUAAUUCAGUUAGUUAAUAGGUUUGGUUCUACUGAUAAUCUGUUGGAUAAACGAAUAGUGACUAUGUGUUUGAUAGGUUAUGCCGGUUUUCUGCGAUUUUCAGAAAUAGUGAAUAUUAGGGCAUGUGAUAUCCAAUUUCAAUCUACACAUAUGUCUAUUUUUAUUGAAAAGAGUAAGACAGACAAAUACAGACAGGGAAGUUGUGUAAUAAUUGCGAAAAGUAAUAAUAUAACAUGUCCAGUUACUUGUCUAGAGAGCUAUAUUAAAGAUGCCAACAUAAAUCUUGAAGAUGAUAAAUUCAUUUUUCGGCAAAUAACAUUCUUUAAGAAAGCGAAUACUCAUAAGCUUCGUAAUGAUUCAAGACACAUCUCAUAUACUAGAGCCAGAGAAUUAUUAUUAGAAAAAUUACAAUCUUUAGGACUUGAUAAAACUAAGUUUGGAUUACACUCGUUAAGAUCUGGUGGUGCUACUUCAGCCGCUAACGCUGGGAUUUCUGAUAGAAUUUUCAAGAAACAUGGAAGGUGGAAAUCAGAAAGAGCAAAAGAUGGUUACGUUAAAGAGGACCUUAAAACACAGUUGUCUGUUUCACAAAAUUUAGGAAUUUAA